ACCCUAUCAAAACCCGACAAUCUCUCCUCUCUCUCUCUCUCUCUCUCUCUCUAGAGAAUGAGUAGCAGCAGCAGCCCUUGCCCUUUGGACGCCGAGUUCUCAGAUCAGAUCGCUGCUCUUCUCGCUCCCCCAUCUCCUCAAUCUGAGCAGGAGUACUAUGAUGAGCUGAUAGAAAAAACAAAAUGCGAUGGUAUAAGAGUUAAGCGCACCAAAAAGAUCGGAAAAGGAGUCUUUGCAAACAAGGAAUUCAAAGAAGGGGAACUUAUUUUGAAGGACCAAAUUCUUUUUGCUGCUCAACACAGUUCAAACAAGGUUGAUUGUCUUGUGUGUAGUCGUUGUUUUUGUUUUAUUGGUUCAGUAGAACUUCAGAUAGGGAGAAAACUCUAUUUUCAAAAUACAGGAUUGUCUAGAAAACAGGAUUGUGAUCAUGACACCAUAUCUUCUACUUCAGAAGAAGAUUUCCCUACUGAGUUACUUGAUGAAGGCGAAGGUUUUAUUACAGACCAUAGUAAUGGUGUUGGGUCAAGUACUUCCCAGAAAUUGAAGGAGAAUUCUCUUUCUGAAGAGAUUCUGGAAUCACUGAUGAAUGGUGAUUUAUCAUUACCACACUCAAAGAACUUUUUAUUGCCUCCAGUUGUUGCGUGUCCAGGUGGUUGUGAAGAAGAACACUAUUGCAGUCAACAAUGUGCAGACUCUGACUGGGGGUUGUUUCAUUCUUUACUCUGUAAUGGGAAUGGUGUGGAAUCCACACAAAGGGAUGCACUCCUUAGGUUCAUAGAUCAUGCUAACAGGACUAAUGAUAUCUUCAUCCUUGCUGCUAAGGCGAUCUCCUUUGUCAUUCUAAAGUACAGGAAGCUGAAACAACAUAUUGAAAAUAGCAAGGAUAAAGUAUACCAGGAAGUUACAGAUGGUUCCUGUUUUCCGUUGCUUUUUGAUGCCUGGAAGUCCAUUUCAAUGGGAUUCAAAGGAAGGUGGUGGGAUUGUAUAUCUUUACCAGAUGAAGUCUCAUUUUCUAAUGAAGCAUCAUUCAGAAUGCAAAUAAGGGACCUAGCCUUUACUUCAUUGCAGCUGCUCAAGGAUGCCAUCUUCAAUAAAGAAUGUGCACCCUUAUUCUCACUUGAAAUCUACGGGACCAUUAUUGGUAUGUUUGAGCUGAACAAUCUGGAUUUGGUUGUGGCAUCACCAGUGGAAGAUUAUUUCAUAUAUAUUGAUGAUCUUCCAUUUCCAGAAAAAGAAGAAGCUGAAAAAGUAACAAAGCGGUUUCUCAAUGCUCUAGGUGAAGAAUACUCAGUUUGUUGCCAAGGCACUGGAUUCUACCCUCUACAAAGUUGUAUGAACCAUUCAUGCUGCCCAAAUGCCCAAGCAUUUAAAAGAGAUGAGGAUAAAGACGGACAAGCAGUAAUACUUGCAACCCGGUCCAUCUCUCUAGAAGAGGAGAUUACCAUUUCCUAUAUUGAUGAAGAUGUUCCAUUUGAGGAGAGACAAGCUUUAUUAGCAGACUAUGGCUUCAGAUGCAAGUGUCAGAAGUGCUUGGAUGAGCAGCCUUAAUGCGCCCUUAACAGUCUCAUAUUUUUUUUUUUCAUAUGCCAAUUGAGUUUUAAAAUAUAGUUUAUAUUUUUUUUUCUAUAUGCAAAAGGGUUGAAUUGGUAUCUCCAUCCAUGUCUUUCUUUCCUGGUGAAAUGUGUUAAAAAGGUAGAGAUGCUGGUUGUAAUGCUCUCCUAAGUUAGAUACAUAUUUAUUAAUUCAACAGUUUUUUGCUAUCAUUUACAUAUUUUUGUAUUUCAUCG